CUGGACAAAAAACCCUCCCUGAGCGUGAGAGAUGAGAAGGCCGUGUUCUUAUAUAAGACGUGAAAGUCGAGAGUGAUUUUUGGAAAAAAGAAAAAGAAAAAAUAAAGAAGAAGAGCAAAUGCCAUGGCUCUCGAUCUCUUUAGCUUAGAAGCAAGGUAUCUCGAUUCUUGCAAGAGGCAGGAAGUGCUACCCAACUCUUCUCUUUUGUCAGGUUUCUCGAAGGCUAAACUUGGAAAAUCUCGUCUUGAGCUUUGUAUCCUGGAGAUAUAUCUGGACCAGCUUAAUGAUGCUGAUUUUCUUCCACUUUUAGAUAUGCUCUCAGCAAUCGAUUCAUCCGAGAUCGAUGCUGUUGACAUGCUUCAUGGGUCGCCUCCUUGCAUAUUGUUUAAUGGAGAAUCUGUGGUGUCUCUGAUUCGUGCAGUCAAUCAGAAGCUUCGAGUUGUUGAUCUCCAGGGUUUGUCAUUUGGGAAAGACUUCUUGCGGGAUCUUUUCCAAAGAGGCUUGACGUGCCAGGUCUUAAACUUGCGGUCCUCCCAUAUCAGAAAGCUCGACAUGUCCGGGAAAUUCAUGCAGUUACACACCCUAAAUCUCGAUUUCAGUAUUUCACUGACCAGUUUCCGGGAAGGUUGCUUUAGUUGUAUGCCCAAUCUGGUUCGGCUUUCUCUGUGUGAAACACGAGUCACCAAUCUUUGGACAACAAGUGCUGCCCUAUCAAAACUCCCUUCUUUGGCAGAACUCCGGUUUCAAAAUUGUUUGUGUUGUGAGGAUACCAGGCCAUGUCCCACGUCAUCCGACAGUAAACCCAACUCUUUUAUAUAUGAAAAGAUUGGUUCAGGUCAUCCUCAGUUAUAUUCUUAUGCUGCACCAACUUCUAUUGCUACUCAAGAUUUGUUAUUGCCGAUUUUUCAAUACUCAGGCAUGGAGGAUUCAUUCAAUGACCCAUUUUCUGAUGAUGAUUCACUUGCAAAUAACGACUUGGUUCAAAGCACUACUGAGGAAUCAUCAGAUGAAAGUGAGUUGGAUUUUUCAAUCCAUCACCGAGGAGCAGGUAAUUGGGUGGAAGCAUUAUCUAAUUCUCCUUCGGAGUUCAUUCACUCCAACAACAAUGGACCAGGAUUCUCACGCGAUAGUCAUCAGACAGGCAUCUUUGAUGAUUUGGACAUGACGGGUUUAGAUGGCUAUGUAAACAUGGAUGAAUUUUGUAGUCAUUUUCCCUUCGGGAAUAAGAUUCCGGCCAGCCCAGUAUUGUCUUAUGAUAAAGAUGGUUCUUCUACAAAUGCAAGUACUGAGGGGUCCUCGGAAGUAGUGGUAAAAAAGUUUAUUUCACAUCAUCCGUCACCAAUUUGCUUUGAGAAACAUUACAGAGAAUAUAUGGUAGCUUCAUUGCCCCAUUUGAAAGUACUAGAUAAUUUGCCCAUUAAAAAUGAGGAGCGGGAGAAGGCAAAAGUCAUUGUUUCACAAGAUUACGAACUUUUGCCAUACAACAAACAAAACAAAGAGAGCAUUGUUCAUAUUUUGCAGAAACGUGAAACGGGAACCGGCAUUGGGUUGUGGAGAUCUCCCAAACUGAAGCAGUCAUAUUCCUCCGGAAAGAGCCAGUAUUCCUUCUCUAGGUCAAUUUCUGCUGCCAAAGUUGGUUCUUCUGCUUGGCCACUCUUACAUCCAAUAUCUAAGCUCAGAAGCAUUUCGAGGGAAGAAACUAAGAAUUUUCGUCCACGGCAAUUCGAAUAUCAUCCAUCUAAUCCUUGUCUCAUGGUUUUUGGGACUUUGGAUGGGGAACUAGUUGUUAUCAACCAUGAAAGUGGGAAACUUGUUGGUUAUCUCCCAUCUGUAGGAGCAUUGCACAGUAUUUUAGGACUCAGUUGGCUUAAAAGUUAUCCAUCCAAGCUCAUUGCUGGCUCCGACAAUGGUUCGCUGCAAUUGUAUGAUAUCUGUCAAAUGCCAUCAACAAUUACUGAUAGAUUCUGCAGUACAGCUGCUGCUUUGUUUAACUUUGAUGACUUCGAGCAAUUGACAUCUGUUCAUGUCAAUUCAACGGAUGAAUGGUUUCUUGCAAGUGGGUAUUCAAAACAUGUGGCUUUAUAUGACAUAGGCAGUGGAAGGCGCUUACAGGUCUUCAAAAAUUUGCAUCGAGAACAUAUCAACGUUGUCAAGUUCGCCCACCACUCCCCCUCCAUGUUUGCUACUUCGUCUUUUGAUCAGGAUAUCAAGAUGUGGGACUUGAGGCAAGGACCAUUGCGACCUUGUUAUACAGCUUCCAGCUCAAGAGGAAAUGUGAUGGUUUGCUUUUCUCCUGAUGACCAUUAUCUGCUCUCGUCAGCUGUAGACAAUGAGGUUAAUCAGCUUUUGGCUGUGGAUGGAAGGCUUCACAUGAAAUUCAAUAUUGCUUCAACUGGGAGUGCUCAGAAUUAUACACGUUCAUAUUACAUGAAUGGGAGGGACUAUAUUAUCAGUGGGAGUUGUGAGGAAAAUGUUGUUCGUAUCUGCUGUGCUAAAACUGGGAGGCGUCUUCGGGAUAUUUCUUUGGAGGGUCGGGGCUCAAAAAAUUCUCUGUUUGUGCAAUCUUUGAGGGGUGAUCCAUUUAGGGAUUUCCAUAUGAGUGUUCUAGCAGCAUAUCUGCGCCCCAGUUCAAAGUCUGAGAUCAUAAAGGUCAACUUGCUAGCAUCUGGUGAUUAUGCUGAAUACAACUCUUAUGGCCCCAAUUGGCAUCCUUCCUAUGGCAAGGGAGGUUGACUGAUUUUGAUCUCUAUAUGUUUUUAUGGUUUUUGUACAUUUCUCAUGUUGUUUCAAAGGAAAUCAAAGAUAUUUGUAUCAGGUAGUAAAUUGUCUCCGCCAUCAUCAUUAAUAGUUUCGGAUUAAUAUUGCGGUAGUGAUACAUGCUGUGUAGUAUUGAAUUGCUGACUGGCGAAUCUGACUCACAAUCCGUUGUUGUCGUUGAAUAUAUUGGUUUGUAAUUAAUGUCA